GGCUGACGGCUCGUGAUCUCUCAAUCUCGCGGGAAGAGACUGAGGGGGCGGCCGCCGGUGCGUCGGCCCUCCGGUUCCCCGCCCUCGCUUUUGCCGCGGCUCUCGCCUCCGCUUCUCCCUGCCCGGCGCCUUCGUGCCCCCUCCCCGCCCGGCCCGGCCCCCCGAGCGGCCGCGGAGACUGCGUAGCGCGGGAGGCGGGAUCCGCACGGGGCGAGCCAGGAUGAGCUACACGGAGAAGCCCGACGAGAUCACCAAAGACGAGUGGAUGGAGAAGCUCAACAACUUGCACGUGCAGCGCGCGGACAUGAACCGCCUCAUCAUGAACUACCUGGUCACAGAGGGCUUCAAGGAGGCCGCAGAGAAGUUCCGGGUGGAGUCCGGGAUCGAGCCCAGCGUGGACCUGGACACCCUGGACGAGCGCAUCAAGAUCCGCGAGAUGAUCCUGAAGGGGCGGAUCCAGGAGGCCAUCGCCCUCAUCAACAGCCUGCACCCCGAGCUGCUGGACACCAACCGCUACCUGCACUUCCACCUGCAGCAGCAGCACCUGAUCGAGCUGAUCCGCCAGCGCGAGACGGAGGCGGCGCUGGAGUUCGCGCAGACGCAGCUGGCCGAGCAGGGGGAGGAGAGCCGGGAGUGCCUGACGGAGAUGGAGCGCACGCUGGCCCUGCUGGCCUUCGACAGCCCCGAGGACUCGCCCUUCGGGGACCUCCUGAACACCAUGCAGCGGCAGAAGGUGUGGAGCGAGGUCAACCAGGCCGUCCUGGACUACGAGAACCGCGAGUCGACGCCCAAGCUGGCGAAGCUGCUGAAGCUCCUCCUUUGGGCCCAGAACGAGCUGGACCAGAAGAAGGUGAAGUACCCCAAGAUGACGGACCUCAGCAAAGGCGUCAUCGAGGAGCCCAAGUAGGCCUGUGCGCCCGGGGCGCCGCCCAGGACGGGCUGGGCCGGGGCCGGGGCGCUUUCCUGCGGCAGAGACCCCUCACUUUCCGCUCCCCCGGCCCCUCUUCUACGGGAAGAACAGCCCCCGGAAACGCCAGACGGCGCGGCGAGAGACUGGUCCUCGGAGGCGGGUGCCGGCCGCAGGCAGUGUGCUGGGGCGGCGGCAGCCCCCCUCCCCCGGCUGCUGCGCUGCACUGCACUGCGGGGAGACCAGUGACCCCCGGCCCCAGAGCCCCCGAGAAGCUCGGCCGCUGUCCUGCCCUCCGUGGGGUCUCCGCGAGCAGCAGCGCUCCCCGGUCCGCGGGUCUUCAAUCUCCAUGGCAGAGACUGUGGCCCUGGGAGGCCCGGCCCAGAGCCCUGGGUGCGAGGGGCCGGGCCGCGUGGCUCUGGGGGCACGUGUGUGCGCGAGGGACGGGCGGUGUGUUUUUAACUCCCCAGAUAUAUAUUUUGGUGCUGUGUGUGGUCAGAGACUCCCCUGGAGACCCACGGACCGGCUCUCUGGGCAGUUCUGUUGAAAAUAAAGGGUUUGCUCUGGUUUCAGGAA